UUCAGUGACUGCAGCAUUCCGCUGAACUGGGCACAAGCGGGGGUUUUUAAAGGGAAAGCACGGCUUGGCAACAGAACCGAUGGUUUGGGGUUGAGGGAAUAUGACCAAUAGUUUUACAAGGAGAUAAAACGGGGGUCUGAAGCGGGGAGAAGGAUUUCUUAGCAAUCCUUCUGUAGGGGAUAGCCCUGCUCCCUCCACACUGGGGCUCGAAAUCCCGGCUUUGUGCGGGAUUCCCCCGCAGGAAAGCGCGCCCGGCCGGGGCCCAUCUGCGAGAGCGGCUCCGGGGGCUGCCGCACCUGGAAGGUCGGAGCCUGCUGGAGCCUGAGCCUGGUGUUGACAGAGCUGCACCGGGCCUGCUCUGGGCGCUGGCAAAGCAGGCUCAGGGUCCUGCAGCCCUUCCCAGCCCCGCUGCAGCAGGAGCUGCCCGGCUCCCGUGGGUGCCCCGCAGGUUGAGCAGCCGGGCAGGAGCACAGCGGUGCCUUCGCUGGCACUGGCUGUGACAGGGCGCUGCCGGCCCCCUCCCUGUGCAGGGGGUGUGGGAGGGCACAGCCGUACCCCGGCAUGACCCUCUGCAGUGCCGGAAGAGGGGCCGCGGUGUGAGUCAAGCCCCCGCCCUGGGUUUGCCCUGUACCUCUCCCUGGGAGUCACCCAGCACCGGUGCUCGUCAACACCCGGCUCUGCUUCCCUCCGCCCGCCCGGCCCUGCCCUCCCUGCCCACGCGCCUUUGCUGCUGCUCGGAGCGGCGUAAGCAGCAGCAGAGCUGCCAUGGAAGCCAACGCUUCCCUCUGGCACAGCUACCUUGGGGUGAUCGUGUCCCGCGAGAGGCAGCGCAUGGAGCAUUUCCAGCGGGCCGAGGACAUCCUGCUCACCCUGCUGGAGAGUGUCCAUGACAGGGAGCCCCGCUUCCUGGUGGACUAUGCCAGGAACCUGGAAGCCCUCGAGUUCGCCCUCUGUGCCUCGGAGGAUGCUGUCACUCUCGAGAUACCCCUGCGUAUCGACGGCGAUGCCCUGCGUGUGCUGGCAUGCCAGACCAGGAACAGCCCAGCCAGACAUCCUUCGGAGCUGAACACCUGCUGUCUGGAAGUGUGCUCUCCAGGGACUGAUUUGGAGGAUUGGACUGGUGUUGUGGAUGGGAUGGAGCGUGGAGGUGGUGCGGGGUGCCUGCUUCCAGGCAAAAUCCUCCAGCACCUGAAAGAGCUCCUUGUUUCAGCCAUCGUGCACUGCCAACGCCUCUUCCUGCUUCAGCCAGGUGACAUCAGUGCUGAAAAUCUGCAGGAAGAUGCCAUGGAGCUCUCCCUGCUGAUCCGUGGCAGCUGGAAGUCCAUUCGCUUUGACAUUGUUCCUGUGGUGAGGAGGCAGCAAGAGCCGCUCCAGCUCCGGAGGCGGCAGAGCGACAGGGGCUUCCCUGAAGGCAGCCUCAGGAAGGCCACAGAAGAGGCCCACUUUGUCCCUGCCUCUCCCCACUGCUGGAGAUCCUCCACUCACCUUCCCAUCCUGAAGCUGCUCCGAGGAGUGGACAGCCUGAAGGGACCCCGUCUGGACAGCCUUCGCCUGCUUGACCAGCUCCGUGACCAGGACUGGGGAGGGCAGGGUGGGAAAGGCACUCUCACUUUCAACCACCUGAAGAUGGUGUUGCUGUGGAGCACAGAGCUCUUCCCCUCCCCGGAGGACUGGCAGGACCUGGAAGGCUCUGUCUACAGGCUCUUGGUGAUCCUUCUCCGCUGCCUGGCCACCCAGCACCUGCCCCACUUCCUGAACCCAGAGGAAAACCUCUUCCAAGGAGCGGGCCCAGACCUUGCCUCCCUCUACUAUAAAGUCGAGAGCUUUGCCUGGGACCCCCAACGCUUCCUCCGCUUCCAUUUUGGCCUCCAUGGGUUCAGUGGCAGCUGGCAGGCAGACACUGAGACCCGAGCCCUCCUGCAGCUCCCCACCAAGGAUGCAUCCUACUGGGACACAGCCUACUUUGACAUGCUGCUCAGCCAGUUUCAGGUGUUCCGGAUCCAGGACAACGCACGCCUCUCCGCAGUGUCCCAGCUCCUCUCCAAGAUCCGUCAAGAAAUCCCUCAGUAGAGCUGAGU